AUGGCUGCUUCAAAUUCCGAUUCAGAAAAUCCUAAUCCAAUCACUGUUCCAGAGGUUCGAUCGGAAGCAGCAGAUCUGCAGAGUCCGUUUUAUCUGCACCACUCUGACAUUCCAGACCUAGUUCUGGUUUUGCAAGCGCUCACAGGAGAUAACUAUGGAUCUUGGAGUCGCACCAUGAAAAUUGCCUUAUCAGUUAAGAACAAGCUUGGAUUUAUUGAUGGCUCCAUCUCCAAACUUGACGGUAAUGAUUCUCAACUUCUUCAUUCUUGGACAAGAAACAACAACAUUGUAAUUUCUUGGAUUUUAAAUUAUGUGUCCAAAGAAAUUCCUACUACUAUCAUACAUUCGGAAUCUGCUGCUGAUAUAUGCACCAAUCUAAAAUAUCGAUUUCAACAAAGCAAUGCACCUAGGAUUUUUCAGUUAAGAAGAGAUUUGACUAGUCUUCAUCAGGACAACAGUUCUGCGAGUGUAUACUUUACUAGACUCAAAUCUUUAUGGGAAGAAUUAAGCAAUUUUCGGCCAAGUUGUUCUUGUGGUUCUUGUACUUGUGGUGGUGUCUGCGAUUUUCUCUCUUAUAUUCAAAUGGAGUACACUAUGGCAUUUCUUAUGGGUUUAAAUGAUUCUUUUGCCCAAAUCAGGGGUCAAAUUUUGCUCAAUGUCCCUCUUCCUCCCAUUAACAAAGUAUUUUCUCUGGUAGUUCAAGAGGAACGACAACGUCAGAUUACUCCUCAUGCAUUUUCCACUGCUGCUCCCUCGAACACACUAGCAUUUGUGACUAAAACUGAUGCUAAUUCCAAAGGACCUCGCAGAAAAUGCCCUUUAUGCACUCAUUGCUAA